AUGGCUCAAUCUCCUACUAAUUGUAGACUUGGGGUCAGUUUUACGUGUGAGGCUGACCAGUGUUUCUUUGAUCAGAAUGAUGAUGUUCCAGAGGGAAUACUGCCUCAACUAUCUAACCCAACAAAGCAAGAUAACACUAGAGAAGCUUCCAAUCUUGUUGCGGCCUCUGUCCUACCUAGUUCUUUCAAGAGGCGAUUCUCGGCAAAGGUUCCAAUCCUAGAAUCAGAAAGAACAGACCUGCUAACAAUUCCUUCAGAACCUUCCACCUCAAAAGCACCAGCAACCUCAGCCUUGUGUGAAAUCUCAAAGGAGGAAUCUCCUUGUUCAGCUAUUCCAUCUCCUCUUAGACAUUCUUCUAAACUACCCAAUUCUAUCAACUCAAUGAAUAUUCUUAAUUCAGUAAAAACACCUCCUCCAAGCCCUUUGGCAACUUCUGUCGAAAUCAAAUCCAAGAAAACUGAAGAUUGCUAUUCAAAAGAUGUUGGUGUCUUUGAAGUUACUCCAGCUAAAGUCAUAUCCACUCCAUCAAGGGUGAUGAUGACUGUCACACCUGAUCUCCCAACACCUAAGAGAGAACGUAUAAUACAUCAAGAAGAUGAUUCAGUUGAGUCACCAAGCAAGUUGCUUCGGCGCCCACCUAGGAACAGGUCAUUGUUGUUUAAUACUCCGGUGAAGAAGUCAAAUCCCAUGGAAAAGAUAAACGAGGAGGCGAGUUCUUCGACUGGUCUAGAUAAUCUUCUUGGGGCAGAGCUUGUGCAUCUGGAGAAUGAGAAAAGGGUAAUGGAGGAGCAAGACUCAGACCUCUCUCGCGCAAAGUUGAGGAAAAGGAUGAUUGCCCGCCUACCGAAAAUGUUUGACAUGGUCCAUCUCAUAUUUAACUCAAUGAAGCGUAGUGUUGCCACGAAAGAGGAAGUUAUACAAAAAAUAACCGCGAACCACAUCGAUGUAAUUGAUAGAAGAGAAACUGAAGAACAGUUAACACUUUUAAAAGAACUACUUCCGGAAUGGAUUUCUGAGGUGGUGGCAUCUAGUGGCGACACUCUUUUACGUAUCAAUAAGCUGAGAAGUGCUGACGAAUUACGAAAUAUCCUUGACCAAGCCGUCUAA